GUCCCGCAGGAUGUCUCGCGCGGCAGGAUGGGUCGUUCUUGGAAGCGUCGCUGGGCCUCAGAGGGCUGGAGGUCUCACAACUCGACGGCGAAGCGCGCAGACAACGCGACGCCGGCACGAGGAAGCGCAGUGGUGCGCGACAGUGCUCCCUGGCACAAAUAACUCCGGCUGCACGCGGCAUUCAUCGUUACAGCGCGUAGCGACCAACAAACUCACCACCUGCAGACAGCACAGCGCACCGCGCCGCGCGACACAGAACGACAACCAUGGCGGACACGACGGCCCGACCGGAGGACGUCGACAUCGGCCAGCUCGGCUCGAUGUUCGGCGUCCAGACGCGCAACGAGCUCGAUUAUUUGGAGUACGACAUUCGAGGGAGGGGCUACAUGGAGCGGCUGUUCUUCAAUUGCGGGGCGUCGUACCUCGGUUUCAUGCUCGGGGGCGGCGUGUAUGGUACGGUCCAGGGGCUGCGACUCGCACCGGCGAACGCGCCGCUGCGCGUGCGAACGAACGCGCUGAUGAACGGCUUCGGCAAGCACGGGGCCACGGCGGGCAACGCGGCGGGGGCCGUGGCGCUCAUGUUCACUUCUUUUGAGUCGCUGGCGGAGUCGGUGGAAUUGGACAAAAUUUGCGGCGACCAGGCAUGGGUAUGCUAUGCAGUGUCUCUUCUGUCAAUGCGUAGCGUGUGACGACGAACGACGGCGAAUCCAACUCCUAUUCAAAGUGAGGAGACCCAUCCAAAUCGAGCUUUUUAAAUCCGACGCGUUGUUGUUGUUUGUUUGUGACGAGAGGGUGCUUUGCUUGCAUCACGUUGUACGCACAGGUGAACCCCGUCGCCGCCGGCGCGCUGACGGGCGGCCUCUUCAAGGCCGGCGCGGGCGUGAGGGGGGCCGCGCUCGCGUCCGCGAUCGGCGCCGGGCUCGCCGCCGCGUCGCACUUCGCGCCGGAGCGGCUGCGCUGAGGGGUAGUCGUCCGGUAACUCGUGUG